AUGUCGACUGAGGAUAUGGUUGCCCCAGCCAACCUAACCAGCUUAUGCUGCCGUGCCCUGGCGGCCUUGCUUGGCCAGCAGAGUGUUGCUCUCCCAGGCAGCGCUGAAUACACGGAGUCCCUGGGGUCAUAUUUCUCGGCACAGCAAGAGGCGAUGCAGCCCGCGUGCAUUGCAUUGCCCCAGACCACUCAAGAUGUAUCGAACACAAUUAAGUGCUUGACAUCACAGGAGUUUGGGCGACCUUUGUUUGCUAUCCGUGCGGGCGGGCACGCCAAUUGGGCCGGUGCUUCCAACAUUGCUGGAGGCUUUGUCGUCGACCUGCGGGCUAUCAACUCGGUCCAGAUCAGCGAGGACAAGUCAAAAGUCUUUGUAGGCGCCGGUGCCCACUGGGAGGAUGUGUAUGCGAAGCUCGACCCCCUCGGUCUCAGUGUUAACGGCGGCCGGGCAGCCGAAGUAGGUGUCGGUGGAUUGACGCUAGGCGGCGGCUUAUCCUACUUCUCGCCCCGUUAUGGCUGGACUUGCGACACAGUGGUCAACUUUGAGAUCGUAUUGGCUGAUGCCUCGAUUGUCCACGCCAACGCAGAAUCAAAUCCAGACUUAUUCCACGCUCUUAAAGGCGGCAACAACAACUUCGGCGUUGUGACACGCAUUGACUUAACUACCUUUGAGCAAGGGCUUCUCUGGUCGGGAAGUGUCUUCAACCCAGUCUCUGUUGUGGACGACGUGAUUUCCGAGUUCGUCAAGAUUGGCUCCCCUGAAGCGUAUGAUGAGGAUGCUACUUUCUACACUAGCUUCGGGUUUUCUCAGGCUCGAGGCAUACCCAUCAUUGCCAGUAACCUUGAAUAUGCCAAGCCGAUAGCGCCACCGUCGAUAUAUCAAGAUUUCUUGGCGCUUCCCAAGCUGAUGAACACAUCGGAGCUUAUGAACAUGACCACGCUGGCGAAGGCCACUCGGGCCCUACAGCCUGCACACCCACGAAUUCUCUCUCGUGUCUCAACAUUUGCAUUGACCACAGAGGUGCUCAAAGCUACAUAUGCCCAGUGGAGCGCUACCAUACCCAGUAUAUCGCAGGUGUCGAACCUUGUCUGGGCCAUUGUGCUCGAACCCUUGCCACCCGGAAUCUAUGCGCGGCAUGCGAAUGGAAACGCCUUAGGGCUAGCGGACAGGACAGGAUCAUUUGUGGUGGUAUUGCUUUCGGCGGCGUGGACAGAUCCAUCCGAUGACGAACUGGUGGUCGACGCUGCCAACAAACUGAUGGCCGCGAUCAACGAACAGGCCAAAGAUCUUGGCGAUUUAGAUCCGUUCGUCUACUUAAAUUAUGCUGGUCAAGAUCAAAACCCCAUUGGUAGCUACGGCGCAACCAGUGUUGCUCAACUACAGGCUAUCCGAAACCGUGUUGAUCCUGGUGGGAUCUUCACGAAUCAGGUAUCCGGUGGGUUUAAGAUUCCACCUGAAGCAACAGUAUAG